AGUCAGAAAUAAGCCGCAGGUUCGCCGCAGACAUGGCUGAUGUGUCUGAGUGCUUGAGUAAAGUCCCGGAUGUGGAGAUCGACUCGGAGGGGAAAUUUAAAUACAUUUUAGUGAGACUAAAGAUUAAAGGUGGAACCGACCACAAAGACAUAGUGAGAGGCACAAAGAGUGCUGAAUACCACAAUCAUAUCUUUGAAAGGCUGAGUCCUGCUAUGGAUGGUCUAGGUCUGGAGUGUACCUGCCUUGGUGGUGGAAAGAUAGAGCAUGACAACAUCAAGAAGAAACUAAGAGUGUUUGGAGAGUCGACGGGCUAUGGAAAGGCUGAUCAUGCAGUCACAGUGGAAAAACUGAGAGCUGUCUUCAAAGACUACGAGAUUACGAUGGAAUAAAUAAAAUGAAAAAAAAAAAAAAAAUCAUGGCAAUAAGAUUUGUUUGAAAUCUUGUGCAAAUAGCUUCCUUUCAGUAUUUACAACAAUACAUAUGGUAAUAUAAAUUAAAUAUUUUUAUCAGCUCAUGGCAAAUAAAUUUAUCAAAACUA